ACCAGGUGUGGCCACUAGCCUAUAUGAAGGCCCAAAAUUGUGUGUUCCUUUCUGCUCUGACAAUGGCAUGCCCAUUCGUGCGAGAUGUGGUGGAUGAAGAAGCACUUGUGCUGAGGAGAGCCUUCAGGCGAGAAAGGGUCUUCAGGGACCGGUUGGACCCACUGGCCUUCCCUGAUGACCAUCUAUAUGAAAGAUACAGGUUUUCUGCAGAUGGCAUCAGGUAUCUAUGCAGACUACUGGGUCCCAGGAUUAAGCACCGCACUGCACGGAGCCAUGCACUGAGUGUGGAGCAAAUGGUUUGUGUGGCCUUGCGCUUUUUGCUAGUGGAGCCUUCCUGUACUCAGUGGGGGAUGCAGAACAGCUGAACAAGGCCACAAUUUGCCGCACAAUAAGGAGUGUGUGUCUGGCUAUCAAAGCAUUAGCAGAUGUCUUCAUCUCCUUCCCUGGCCACAGAAGACUCUGUGACAUCAAAGAGGAGUUCUAUAGGAUUGCAGAUGGUCUGCAAUGCUGACUGUGUGAUCAGCAAUGUUGUGGCAAAAUGGCCUGGCUCAGUCCAUGACUCCAGAAUCUUUCGGGCCUCUGAAAUCUAUCAGUGCCUAUCACAAGGUGAAUUCUCUGGUGUGUUGCUGGGAGACAGGGGGUAUGGCUGCCAGCCUUUUCUCCUGACACCUUUCACAGACCCCCAGGAAGCACAGCAGGCCUACAACCAUGCCCAUGCCAGGACCAGGGCCAGAGUUGAAAUGACCUUUGGCCUCCUGAAGGCACGCUUUCACUGCCUUCACAAAUUAAGGGUCAGCCCUGUUAGGGCAUGUGAUAUUACUGUGGCUUGUGCUGUCCUCCACAAUGUGGCCUGCCUGAGGAAGGAGAGGGCCCCCAGAGUGCCACCAGCCAUGGACUGGGACAAUCCGGCAAUCUUCCCUGAUGACGACAGUGGUCGGCUGCUGAGGGACCAAUAUGUGUUGAAUUAUUUUAGUUAGUAUGUGUGCUUUCAAUUUUGGUUAAAUAUGUCCUGCGGUGGCAGAGGAAUUUGGUUUU